AUACAAAACUAAUGGAUGGAGAAACGGAGAAUACAGGUAUUGUCUACACAACAUUUUCGGGGAAGAUUUAUACUAUCUGUUACGAUGACUUUGACAUAAAUGCAGCUAAUGUGGUGUGUAAUCAUUUAAGAUACAACGGGGCGGUGGAUUUUACUGCUGGUAGUCCUGGCUCAACUCAAAUAUAUAACAAAAAGCUUAUCUGUGAGGGAAAGGAAAGUUCAUUAUCAGAGUGUAACAAUGCCAUUGAUAUCAUCGAAAACUGCACCAAAGCUGUAUAUAUCACAUGCAGAGCCGUACGUUUGACCCAUUGGAAUGAGUUCAGUGACGAGGGAGCAGUCGAAAUUUACCAUAAUGGAUCUUGGGGAUUCAUUGGUGAUCCUGGGUAUACUUUUGAUAACGUAACGGCUACGUACCUUUGCCAGAUAUUUGAUUUUCAAAAUGGAGGCUUCAGCGCAUCUGCUCGACCAUUGGAUACUUAUUACAGAAAAGCCUGGCUCAGUUCUUUGAAAUGCACAGGAAACGAGACUCAUAUAAUGCAGUGUGAUCAUCCAGAAUUUUCGUUUACACCAUCUCUAAUGACUACAUAUAAGAGAGGCACAUGGCUUUAUUGUUUUGACUUCAACAUAAGAUCAAUACGACUGGUAAACGGAUCAAAAUUUUAUGACGGCAAAGUUGAGUUAGAGGUUAAUGGUCGGUGGGGAUCAGUUUGUACAUACGCUAUGUCAUUUUGGCAGAAAGAGUCAGCUGGUGAUGUUGUUUGUAAAUACCUGGGUUAUUCAGGGAUAGACAAACUGCUAGAAGAUAAUAACGUCGGAAACAUCGGUGAUUUAUUUUGGAUGUCGGGAAUUUCCUGCGAUGGAACUGAAUCAAGCUUAAUGAACUGUACAUACACAAAAGGGGCGAUUCCACCUUGUUACACCUAUCCUUUGUAUCUGGCUGUUCAGUGCAUAGACAUAGAUGAAUGUUUAUCCAGUCCAUGUCUUCACGGAGGUUCAUGUGAAAAUGGAAAUAUGUCAUAUACAUGCAAAUGUUCUAACAAAUGGGGUGGUACCAGUUGCGAGAUAGAUCUAGAAUUCGAUGCUUGUAUAGACACACCGUGUCUUAACAAUGGAACUUGCAAAGAUUUACUUGAAGGAUUCAAAUGUAUCUGUGCUAUUGGAUUCGAUGGGGAUAAGUGUCAAAAUAAUAUCAAUGACUGUGAUCCACCACCAUGUAGAAAUGCAGGCAGUUGUGAGGACAGAGUCAACGGAUACAAGUGUUACUGUCUAAGUGGAUACUCUGGCAUAAAUUGUCAAAUAGAAACAGAAAGCCAUACUACGUUAGUAGCAAUACUCGCGUCCACAAUUUGUGUGUUACUACUUGGCAUUGUCCUGAUUGGUUGUCUCUGUCUCAGGUACAGGAGAAAACAGAAAAAGACAAAAUCAAAAGGAGAGGCUAAACCAAGAACUGAGGAGGAAGCAUGCAAAGAAUCAAAUACCACAGAUCAAGAGGGGUACAAACAUAUUUACCAUUCUGUGAAAGAGAAUGCUUUCGGAACAGACACUAGCGAAGUAUAUGCUGAAAUCAAAGAAGGGAAUUUGGAUGAUUAUCUUACUCCAGCAUCAGUUGUUGGGCCAGCUAAAGACGCUGAUGGCUAUAUUACAAUCGGAAAUGAUGAAAACAGAGGAGUACGCUAUCAAAACCGAAAUGACACAAAAAAUGACGCUUAUUCAAAGCUUUCUAGAAUUGAAACGUCUGACGACUAUUCAAAGCUUUCUAGUUCUGAAACUUCUUAGGAGGAAUCUGCUAAACAAUUUGCUUCGACACAUUGAAUGCAGUCAUGAGCAUAACGUGAUAUAUCUUUAAAAACAAAUCCAUAUUGGAGUUUAUUGUCUUGCCUUAACGAGUUGCAUGUUAUAAAUUUCCGGCAUUAACCAUGAAUUUCCCGUUAUUCUGUUGUCUUUUUUAUAAUGAACUUAAAAUUAUAGAUAGGUGAAGAAAAUAUGACUGUCCUUGUGUAAACUGUUUUAUACCUUAGUAGACAGUAAUAUAAGAUAUAUGAGAAGUAUUUUGAAUUAUCCAGAUGUCAUUAUUUACUUCAUGUUUUUUUUAAGUUGUGAAAAUUAUAGAUAAUGUAUGAAAAUAUGUCUGUCCUUAUAUUAUGAAAAGUUUUUAUACUUAGUCGACGUAAUAUAAGAAUUAUAAAAGUAUUUUGAAUUAUCCCGAUGUCAUUUUUACUUCAUGUUCAUGUUGUUUUUUUUACAAUAAAGCGAAACUUAUGGGUAAGUGAUAAAAUAUGACUGUCUUUGUGUUAAGAAAAGUUGUUUUCAUACCUGAGACGACAGUGAUAUAAGAUGCAUGAAAACUAUUACGAAUUAUCCAGAUGUCAAUGUUUUACUUCGUGGACUAACAUUAUUAGGUUAUUUAACAUUGUUCUGUACAAUACGGAGAUAUAUUUGGACUCGUACCCAGCUGAGAAAACCAUAUUGGACGAGCCGCUAGGCGAGUUCAAUAUGGUUUUCUCAGCUGGGUACGAGUCCAAAUAUAUCUCGUAUUGUACAGUACAAUGUUAAAUAACCUUUUUAUUCUAUAUCUUUUUUUAUCUUACUAUAAUAAUAGUUUAAAUUAAAGAUGUUUCACUGAAUAUUGUAUUCCUGCCUUUUCUAGUUUUUCCCAGCUUAGUAUGAGUGCAAAUAUAUAUUAUACAGAAAAAUGUUAGACCUUAAAUAACCUUUUUAUUCUAUAUUUAUUUCACUUCAUACGUAAUAUACGUAAUUCAUUGAAUGUUGUUUUUUCUGCUUAAUAUCAUCAUUAAAAAAGUAUAUGGUGAAACCUCCCUACAUUAGCCAUUUGGCGAUUUGGGUGGUAAUAAUACUUGGCUGAGAUAUUAUGCCCACAAACAUUGUCAGCAAGUUUGGUGAAGAUCGGAUAAAAACUGUUCGACUUAAAAGAGCGUACAAGGCUAAAUUCCCCGUUUUUCGAGUAAUUCAAGGACUAUAAUCAAAGAGUGCCUGGUACAAUUUGGCUGGUUAUCGAAAUUGGCCGAGAUGUAAUGCCCACAAACAUUGUCAGCAAGUUUGGUGAAGACCCGACGAAAACUGAAUUAUAGAACAGACAUGUUUUGGAUGCUAACCGUCCGUCCGCUGCCAUUCAUAAUCUUCUCCAUUUUGUUUCUUAACCGUCAAAUAAAAACUGCUGAGGUAGCUAUUCAGACAGUCAGGGCUGAUACCAAUUUCUAGGUUUCGUCCGGAACGGCUUCUUUUAGCGACUUUUCAAAUAUUCCAACAUCUGAUGAUCCUUUUUACUGUAUUUUUAAGUUUUUGAUUGUUAACGAAUGUUUAAUACAUGUAUCUAAAUCAGAUAGCAUUGUUAUCCCUUGAAUCGUUUUUGUGUGUUGUAAACUAAAAAACUCAAAUUAAAUCCAGAUUUCAAGACGCAUAAUCAAACUCUGUACAUAGAGCGCCUACUUCAUCCGAUUUACAUUCGGAACAUUUUCACGCGUUUCGGGCUUUAUCAUAUGUUUAACAUGAGACUGUUGAACCGUCCAAAUACAGAAAAUACAGGAUUUUUUGUACGCGCGUGCGUCCAAAUACAGAAAAUACAGGAUUUUUGUACGCACAUGCAUCCAAAUACCGUAAUAUAUUGUACGGUCACGCGUUGCAAAUGAACGUUCGCAAUUGGAUAGAUAAAAUAGGUAUAGAAAAAUUGAGGGAUAAAGGCCCGUUAGGGUUUUGAUAUAUUUAGUUUUUUUUUCUGUGAAUUUCAAAUUUUAUUUGUGCGAUGUUUUUUAAUACACUUGUUACUAAUUUUAUACUUCGUCUGCUUUUUUUGAAUGCACAAUCAGACAAACGUUUGAUUAAGAUCGAAGUAUCAAAGAAGUAAAUGUCUAUCGAAGAUAUAAAAGCUGAGAUAAAACUUUGUUUAAAAACUAUUGCAAGAAAUCGAAACAAAAACUCAUUAGUUUUUCAGUAUUGUUCAUACGAUACAGGUUAAAAAGUGCAAUAAAAUUAUUGUAAAGGGAAACUCUCGGUUUUGACAUGUAAAAAAGCGAUAUUUGUUUUAUAGAAUAACAGCAAUGCAUUGUUCUAACUUGUAACUAAAUACAAAUAAAUGAGGUGUAAAAAGAAAUUUGUUUAAAUACUUCAUACAAGUAUAGUGUCUUUUAUCAAGGUGAUAACAAGCUUAUUCCAUUUUUAUCGAGCCCGCUUACAGUGAGCUCGACUUAGUCGCCACUUUUGGCGGUUCGGUGUAUGUGCGUGCGUGUGUCCGUCCGCCCGUCUGUUCGUCCGUCCGUGCGUCCGUCCGAUUUUGUACGGACCAUAACUUUGACAUGCAUGAACCAAUCUUAUUUAUAUUUGGCAUGAAUGUUAACCUCAAAGAGAAAGAGUGUCAUAUAAAAAGUAAAUACUGCUUACAAUGUUCCUAUCUCAAAAGUCAAGGUCACAGUUGGAGGUCAAAGGUCAAAUUGAAGAAUGAGUUUCUCCGGAGCAUUUCAUCUUAGUGCAUGAUGGAAUUUUGAUGUAAUGAUCAUCAUUAUGAGACGGCGCAAGAACCAAGUCCCUAGGUCUAAGAUCAAGGUCAUACUUAGAGGUCAAAGGUCAAAUGCAAGAAUGGCCUUGUCCGAAGCAUUUCUUUUUUUAUACAUAGAGGGAUGUUGGUGUAACUAGGAUGUGAUCUAUACUUACAUUAAGUGUUUUGAAAACAUUCCGUACAACCAAAUUUAUUAUUUUCAAAUUUAAUGUGCAAUUUUAACAAUUACUAUGAUUGAACGUAUGCCAUCCACCACUUACUACGCCGAACUUUAAAACGCCACAAAUUAAGGGUCACAACUCAAGAGAAAAAUCACUGAACGAUGUACACAACUAGGUUUUUAGGAACUCGGACUUUUAACCAGUAGUAUAGGAGAAGUAGCACAGAUUGGAAAAAAGACAAACCGAAGUAAAAGUAAUGUACUUAAUUAAGGCCAUACCAAAUUGGAUCUAUGAUUAGCGUCCCUAUCUUUGUAAGCUCGACAAUUCAAAGAAUAAAGAGAGCUUACCCGCUCACCACGGCUUCGGCGUCGGUGUCACACCUUUGUUAAGUUUUUCAUACCAGUCCACAUUUUGUCAAAACCUUUUGAGAUGUAGCUUUGAAACUUUCAACACUUUUGCACCAUCACCAUAUCAAGUUUUAGGCAAGUAUUGCGACGUGAUUCCUCCAUUACAUGUAGCUAUGCAGGUGGACCAAGUCGGCCACACACUCCGUCCUCCAUGUGCCGCUUAAAACAAAUGGAAUGGCAAAUUAAAUAUUCAUUAUUACCAUCAUAGUGAUUUUCGGAAAUUACUCAGUUCAUUAUAAUUAAUAUGUUGUAAUUAUUUUAGUUUGGUUACGACUAAUGCCUCAGGUGUGCUCUCAAAAAGCAAAAGAAGUCACAUUUGCUUGAAAGUUCAAAGUUAAAGAAUCAGGAAAUAAGCUGAAUAUUUUAUUUCUAAGUCAUUCAAAUUAGCAAAAAUACUUUAACAAACAUGUAAGUUUUUAUAAACGAUUUUUAAACUGUUAAAGACGUCUAGUGCCUAAGGUAAGUAUUUAUACUCUAAAUAUCGGCAAUGCAUCUGUUUUUUAGGUAACAGUCAACUCCCCAGUGGUGUUUUUGCCACUGACCGUUCCAAGGCGGUGCCCCACUGUGUUCCUUUGUUUGUUCGUUUUGUCCUUGUGUGUUCCUUUAUUUGUUCGUUUUGUCCUUGUGUGUUGGCUGUGUGUGUGUGUGUGUGUGGUGCACGCGUCUGCGUGCUGGGGGUUUCGUUUUGAGGAGGCUGCGUUUUUGGUACAUGGCAUUCCCUGUUUGAUAUUUGUCUUUAUUUAUGAAUUUCAUUUGCAUCAUUGACGUUAUUGUUACUGCGAGAUUUUUUCUGAGCUGCCUGGUAUCAUUUUAGUCUUGUCAGAGUAGCAAACUACCGCACACUACAAAUUCUGUUUCACGAGCAAGGAGAUACA